CCACCCUCAACCCCGUCGCCCUUUUCUCCCUUUACCUAUUCUCCUUUCUUCUUCUCCCUCUGCCGCCGCGCUCUCUCUCCACCUCCUCCCUUCGCUUAUCUCUCUCCACCCGCACCCUCCUCCUCCAGAAAAGUCAUUUUUUAGCCCGUGGAAGCUUCGAGGAUCCUCUCGCCCACCCGCGCCGUCGGGCGCGGCGCCUCCGUACGUCGAGGCGGCGGUCCGGACCCUUCACUGAAUUGAAUUGACUAAGAAAACCCAGGACAGUGCUUGUUGUAGUGGCAGUGGCACCAAGCAGCUAGAGGAAGAGCUUUGGCCUUUUGCGAUCGAACAACCUAUGAACAGUUGAAGCCUACAUAACCAUGAUCAUGGAUGCUCUUUGUGAUUUCUGCGGGGAGCAAAGGCCAACAAUUUAUUGCCGAUCGGAUGCCGCAUCCUUAUGCUUAUCGUGCGACCAUAAUGUGCAUUCGGCUAACACCCUUUCCCAGCGACAUAUGAGGACCCUUCUGUGUGAUCGUUGUGCUUCACAGCCUGCAGCAGUCCGGUGUCUUGAAGAGAACACCUCACUUUGCCAAAACUGUGAUUGGAACGGGCAUGCCGCGACAUCCUUGGCUGCCGGGCAUCUAAGGCAGACCAUAAACUGCUACUCAGGGUGCCCAUCAUCAGAAGAGCUGGCAAGAAUCUGGUCCUUUGAUUUUGAUGCCCCUUCUGCAGCUACUGAGCCGAACUGUGAGGAAGGAAUAAGCAUGAUGAGCAUUAAUGACAGUGGUGUCAGUAACCAUUGUGGCGUUCAACAGGAUUGCAGCUUGCUGGAUAUAGCUAACACAUCACUCAUGAGUGAUCCGCCCACUGUCGAAAAGCUUAAAUCCGAAGACGAAAUGAAUCUUCGGCCACUUCCUACGCAUCAGCCUGCUCAAUCAGUUUCUAUGGCACCUAAGGUACCCAGUGUAACAGAUGACGAUAUGUUCAAUGAUGGCAGAGUAUACGAAAACUUCUGUGUGGAUGAUAAUGACCUGACAUUUGAGAAUUAUGAAGAACUGUUUGGUACUCCACACGUUCAGACAGAGCAACUAUUUGAUGAUGCUGGAAUUGACAGUUUCUUUGAAAUGAAGGAAAUGCCAGCUGCUGAUUGUGACCAGCAGCUCACCCCCGUGCAACCCGAAUGUAGCAACGCGGUAUCUGCUGAUUCCGGUCUUUGUGUUCCUGCAAGGCAGGCCAUAUCUACUAUUUCCCUCUCGUUCUCUGGUUUGACUGGUGAGAGCAAUGCUGGAGAUCACCAAGAUUGUGGGGUAUCACCACUGCUCCUUAUGGGCGAGCAACCCUGGCUUCCUCCUGGUUCUGAAGUAUCAUCUGCCGGUGGUAGCAGAGGUAGUGCUCUCUCACGGUACAUGGAGAAGAAGAAGAGAAGAAAAUUCGACAAGAAGAUCAGGUACGCUUCUCGCAAGGCUAGGGCAGACGUGAGGAAGAGGGUCAAGGGCCGGUUUGUCAAAGCCGGCGAAGCAUACGACUAUGAUCCGCUCAACGAUACACGAAGCUACUGAAGCCCAAAUGCCAUUGGCUAUAUCCAUCCAGUGUCAGACUAGCAACAAUAUAACCUUCGGCAGCUCAUGUGGUGUCGCUCGCACUAAGAAAAAGAAAGAGAAGACCAGCAAUUGUGCCGGACAGCGCAGCCGGAAAAGCGUUAAAAAAAACACCAGCUGGUGAGUUGGAAAAUACUACAGAUAGAGAAGCUGCAAACACGCAGGAAGUCCAGGUUGUGCCGCUGCUCCAUUUUCUUUCUCCUUGGAAGUGGAUGGAGCGUGCGUGCAUAUAUCAUUUUCUUCUUGGUGGGUGGUUUCGAUCACCCUCCACCAUCUGCGCAUUAAUCCAAUACAAUUACAGGGACAAGUCCUCCCAGCUCACCACCCACCGCAUGCGUGGGCAUAUACCUGCCGCUGCUUCCGUGUGCGGUGCGCUGGCUGCCAGGUCCUGAUUAAUUAUACUCGUGUAGUUUCUUCCUGUAACAUUAUUUGUUUAAGACGCAGGCGCUGGCAGCCUUGUUUAAAAACGAACUGGGGCGCCUGUUAUAACUUGUAAAGUCUGUUCCUGUAAAUUUAAAGAUGCUGGGUAUGAAGCGGAAGUUUGCAUGUA